AUCUAUUUCCUGGUUAUUAUUUUAGUAAUUACCAUGAUAUUACCUUAUAGUAUAUUAUAUUACACUAUUACCUUGUUAUUGCCGAGCUGGAAUGUAAAGCGCUACUGUGAAAAGAUAAUGAAACCUCUAAUUUAGGAUGAUUUUGUUUAAUGGCGAACCAUUAUUUUUAAGUAUAUCUGAGGAGUCAGUGCAUACUGAUCAGAAACAUGUGGGAGUGCCUGACUGGGCGGGACUGGAAACCCCUGCCGGCGUGAAUCCAGAGCAGCACACGUUCCGCCCAGGUGAGCAUCUGUGCACCUCUGCGGGAAGGUGUGGCCUGUUUGUGUUUAUCACCUGCACGAAGUGAAAGGUGCACACGUAAAUCGGAAGCUCUGCACUACUGACGGUUCAGCAGAUAAGAUAUUAGUUUUUGACAUGAAAAAGUCGUUGAGUUUGUCGUCUGAGGGCUCCCUCCCUCCACCGGACGAUGAUGUGGACUCGGUCUCUCCGGACGAGCUGCUGGGCUCUCAGUCUCGCCUCUGGCUGGCGGAUGUGUUAUCCGGGAACAUGCCCUCUGAGGGCGGCCAAGCGAACACCUUCGGCCGGGACGGACUGUUCGUGGACUAUCACUUCCCACUGGGAGAGCUGGAGAUGCAGCCCGGGGUCAAGUGGAAACGACCAAAGGAGCUCUGUGCGUCGCCUCAGUUUAUAGUAGAUGGAGCAACGCGCCUGGACAUCUGCCAGGGGAAACUCAAUGACUGCUGGUUACUUUCCGCUAUCGCGUCUCUCGCAGUGCAUCCGUCUCUGCUCAAAAAGGUUGUGCCUCUAGGACAGAACUUCCAGGAUGGAUACAACGCCUGCUUCACCUUCAGGUUCUGGCAGUACGGUCAAUGGGAGGAGGUGAAGAUUGACGACUUGUUGCCGACUCUGAACAACAAUCUGAUCUACCUCAGCGCCCCAAACAAACACGAGUUUUGGAGCUCUUUGCUGGAGAAGGCCUAUGCCAAACUGAAAGGUGGCUACAGAGCUCUGGACAUGGGCUUCCCUCACGAGGCCAUGGUUGAUAUGACAGGUGGGGUAGCUGAGGUUAUGAAGAUCGCCUUGCUGCGAGAUCUUCCAACCCUCCUCAAAUACCUGCUGGAUAAAGGAGCGCUUAUCAACUGCGCCAACUGCCAGGGUCCACUGGAGCAGAGGAAUGAACUGGGGAUCAUGUUCAGACAUGCUUACUCUCUGACUGCGAUAGAGAAGGUGAAGACGACACAUGGCCCCGUGGAUUUGGUGCGAAUCCUCAACCCAUGGGGCAACACAGAGUGGGAGGGUCCGUGGAGUGACUUUAAAGGUCCAGAGUGGAACACGGUGAGCAUUGCGGAGCAGCGGAGACUGGAGAGAGUCAGACAGGAGGACGGGGAGUUCUGGAUGUCGGUGUCAGACUUCCGUCAGAACUUUGAGACGAUGGAGGUGUGUCACCUGACUGAACCUCUCAACGAACCAGGCUACAGCAUGCAGCCGUGGUCCUGCAUAAUGCAUCAUGGGACAUGGGUGCCCAGCAUCUCAGCAGGAGGCCCGCCCUCACGGGGUUGGUUCUGGCGAAACCCUCAGUUCCACUUCGUCUUGUCACAUGUGGACAACUCUCAGAAGACCUGCUCUUUCAUUUUGGCUCUGAUGCAGAAACACCAGAGACGCAGAGGCAUUAACCUGGCUCUGGCCCUGCAUAUAUACCCGGCCCAUUCUAAGAAUUCACACCUGUCGCCCGAGGACUUGCGUGUGCUCCGCCCGGUCCUCUGCAGCCCAAAUUACUCCCCACAUCGGGAGGUUGUUCUUCGCGGCUCCCUUCCGCCGGGUCGUUACGUCAUCAUCCCGUCCACCGCCGAACCCAAUCAGCAGGGAGAAUUUCUCCUCCGGGUGCUGACGGAGCACGGCAACGCCGCCACUCCAGCUAACAAACCAGAGGCACAAGACAUCUCUUCAGUAACAGAGCCUUCGUUUCCUCACCUGGAUGCUCUUCCUUCACCUGAAACUACGAGACAACUGUUCAAGAAGCACCGCAACCAGAAGGGGUUUUGCAAACCAGUGCAUCUCCACAACCUGCUGACUGAGGCCAUACAGGGAGGAGUGUUAGCCGGCAGUGAGAAGAACUUGUCUCUGGAGCACUGCAAGAGCCUGGUGGUCCUCAUGGAUACUCAAGGCAUCGCUCAGCUGAGCUGGACGGGGUUCCAGAGUCUGUGGGAGAAGAUCAGUAGGUGGACGGAUAUCUUCCUGGUGUUUGACAAGAACAAUACGAAACGCCUCGAGUAUCAAGAGGUGGCUCCCGCUCUGAAGGCAGCAGGGAUCAUGGUGGAUGAUUUAGUGAUGCAGCUGGUUGGACUGAGAUACACAGAGGCGGACAUGACCAUCAGUUAUCCCGGCUUCCUGUACCUGCUGAUGAAACUGGAGAGCAUGAUCCACAAAUUUCAAGCGUAUGACAUGGUGGGAAUGGGAACUGUAACCAUCAACUACAGACAGUGGCUCCACAUGACCAUGUACAACUGACCUGAUCCGCUCUGACGACUCGCCAGGAUUUCCUUCGUGUAGUAUUUUUGUAGCAGUUUUUUUAAUGCUUGAUUUUCAUUGUGUAGUAUUAAUUUUUGUUCAAUUGUAUUAAAGUUAAUGUACAGUUUAGUUCAGCAGCAAACAAAAAAACAAGAUUUGUACUUUUGGACUUUUUGUGCCAUUUUUCCUUUUGUACAUCGUCGUCAUAUAGUCAAACAGUAACAGUGGAAACUGAAACAAACGAUGUCAAAGGUCAAAGAAAUACGAGCUGCUGUGAGGAAAGUUUAUGAUUCACUGUGUUGGUGACACAUUAGCAGAAACUUUGAUGUAACAUUUCUCAGCCUCAGUUAGAGAUAUUAGACUCUCCUUCCAGUCUAACAUGAAAAUGAAUAGGCAGCCACGAUUAGAGCUUCAAGCAACAGUUAUAUUGAUUUAUCAUGUAGUCGACUAAUCAUUUCAGCGUUUUUCUCCACUAUGCAUUUCUUAAGUGACAAAUAAAACUUGCUGGGAUGAGUUUAAAGUUAUGGUCUGAUUUACAGGAUGCUUUAAACAUGUUUGUAAAAAUGUAUGUAGCGGGUUUUGAACUCACUAUUUCAAUUUGUUGCUGGCUUUUUUCAGCAUAAAGCUGUUUGAAUAAAGAUUAUUGAAAGA